AUGAUCGAGCCGGAGCACACAGUCAAGCUGGCCAUCGGCUGCUUUGGUGGCAGUAGUGAUGAUCUCAACAGCGGAAAUGGCGACCGGUCGACGUUGCGCCAGGACGGAGGAGGGAACACUGGAGGAAUGCGAUCCUCACUGCCCCCGCCGGGCCCCUUUGAGCACCUCCGCUUCCUCAACACCCUCUCCAUUGACGGCUGCAAGCUGGACAGCCUCCCUUCGGACUCCUUCCGGGGACUGCCCUCACUGCGCAACCUCACCAUUCGCAAUGCCGUCUUCCCGCAGUCGUCCACUUCUGAAACAACUGCUCCCUCCUUCACCGUGGAGAGUACCUCCUUCCGGCCGGUGGAGGCCCACCUGGAGUACCUCGACCUGGGCAUGAACCAGCUGGACCGCCUGCCCGCCGAUCUCUUUUGCCCCUUUGUCAACCUGCGCACGCUCAACCUGACCGGAAACCGCCUGCCCGACCUGAGCAGUUUUGGGCUGAUUGACCCGGCCACCGGCCGCCUCUGCCUGCAGGAGCUCCUCGACCUCGACCUCUCCCACAACAAGCUGGAGUUGGUGCCGGAAAACAGCGGCGUGGCGACGCUGCGCAACCUCAAGUACCUAAACCUCUCCUCAAACCACAUCUCCGAGAUCGCCGAGCUGGCCUUCUCCGCGCUGAAGAACCUCAACAUGCUCGACCUGUCGGGCAAUCAGCUGCGCUCCCUGCCCGGCCGCCUUUUUCGCGACUCGGAGAUGACCGUCCUGCGGCUGGCCAACAACGGCCUUAUGGAGUUGCCGGUGGGCCUCUUCAAGAUGCUCGCCAAACUGCUGGUCCUCGACGUGUCCGGCAACCAGAUCACCUCGGAGACCUUCAACAAGGAGACCUUCGCCGACCUGAUUCGCCUCGUCGUCCUCGACCUCUCCCGGAACCGCCUCCGCCACAUCAGCGCCUUCACCUUUCAGAACCAGUACUCGCUGCAGGUGCUCUCGCUGGAGGGGAACGUCCUGGAGACGGUCGACGACGGCGCCUUUGUCACCCUCUACAACCUGCACACGCUGAAGCUGGCCGGAAAUCGCUUCCGCCACCUCUCCGACGCCGCCAUGACCGGCCUCUUCAUGCUCAACACCCUCUCACUGGCGGGCAACCAGCUGGAGCACCUUCACGAGGAGGCCUUUCGAAACUGCACCAAUCUCCAGAAACUCGACAUCAACGACAAUCGCCUGACGACCCUUCCCACCGCCAUUCGCGCCCUUCGAACGCUCACCACACUGAAUUUCUCCGGCAACAAGCUGGUCACCCUCACCGAGCCGGGCCCCCUGUCGCACACCAGCCAACUAGCUCGUCUCGAUCUCUCCAAAAACUACCUGGUCAAUGUGACGCGAAACGCCUUCCGCCCGCUGGGCGGCACCCUGCUGGAGCUCCGCCUGGACGGAAACCGCCUGAGAUCGCUGGAGAAGAACACCCUGGAGGACCUGAAAGGCUCGCUGGCGGUGCUCCGCCUCGAUCGCAACGAGUUCGCCGACAUCUCCAGCGCCCUGGCGCACGUCAAGCAGCUGGAGCGGUUGGAGUCACUGAACGUCUCCCACAACGCCAUCACCUGGUUCGACUACUCGGUAGUGCCCUCCAGCCUCCGCUCCCUCGACCUGUCGCACAAUCGCAUCGAACAGCUGCGCAACUACUACGAGCUGGAGGCGAAGCUGCGCCUGGAGAACCUCGACGUGUCGUACAACCUGAUCAAGGAGAUCGCCGCCACCUCGGUGCCCCACUCCAUCCGCACGCUGAACCUCUUUUCGAAUCGCAUCGAGAAGGUGGACGCCGGCGCCUUCGUCGCCAAGCACAACGUCACCUACGUGGAUAUGCGCAACAACUCCCUCCGGCGCAUCGACAACACCGCCUUCAAGCUGGGCGUACAGCGGCCCACCUCUUCCUACUUUCUCAAUCGGCCAGUAGGGGGCGCUGGUGGUGGUGGUGGCGCCGGCGGUGACCACUACUACCUAAAUGGUGGUGGUAGUGAUGCGACCUUUGACGCGAAGUACCUCCCGCCGCCCAUCUUCCUCAUCUCCGGCAAUCCGUACUACUGCGACUGCACCAUGGAGUGGCUGCAGCGGGUCAACCAGCUGCUGCCCAACUACUCGAAAGGCGUCUACGCACCGCCCAAGCCAAGUGGUCCCAACUACGGCCAGUCAGAGGACGGAGAUUCAGAGGACGGAACUCCGAUUCAGUACCGUCCCAUUGACACGGUCACCAAACAUGGCGCCGGCAUUCCUGGCCUCUCUGAGCUGCCCGAUCUGACGUCAGACACCUCAGAGAGUCGUAAUGUGCAUCAGUCGCAGCAGCCUUCUUCAUCAUCAGCGGCAGAGCAGAACUCCUUCUUCAACUGGAUCAGCGCCAAUAUCGUCUUCUCGCUGGUGCUCCUCUGCUCGGUGGUGGUCCUUUCCGGGCUGGCCGCUGUCGGCAUUCGCCGGAAAAAGGACAUUCAGCUGUGGUUCUUCUGGCGCUACGGAAUUCGCCUCUUUGACUCCGGUUUCUGCGGUUUCUGUCGCGGCGGGGGUGAGGGCGGCGGCGGUAGCCGUCGAGGUCACGGUUUCAGCCAUGGCAACCACUGCGUGCCGCACA